AUGGAGGACUUCCUGGUUCAUGAACUCGAAGCUCAGAGGGAUUCCUUGCUGGCUGAGAUGAAGGAGCUUAAGAAAAGACGGCACCAGAACGAGAUAGGAAUUUGGAAGACUACGAACCAGCUGGAUGAAGGCAACCGCCUGGCAGUUGAUCUGGCGAGAAAAUGCGAGAUUUUGGAGCGCGAGAACGCUGCUAAGAGUAAUUCCUUGAAGGGAGCUCGAAGAGACUAUAAUCGAGCAGAAAAAGAAAUCUCUGAGCAAGAGAGGUUCAGCGAGCAGAUGUCGCGGCAACUACUAGACAUCAAGGCCGAGAUCAUCCGUACUAAGCCUCAUAUAUUGUCCGCUCGGAAGCAGCUCGGCGUGGUUGAAACCGAGAAGGACCGCGUAGUCGCCAGCGUUGGUCGCAUGGAAAGAGAAUACAGGGUAAUGAAAGGCUCUUCUCUACCGCACGAGCCUGAGAAUUUAGGCUACUUCAUCACGAAUGAAUGA